CGGGCAGUGCAAUGCUGCGGAUUCGUGUGGGGCUCUCACCCACCAAAACCCCCUCCUCAUACCACGCACCUCUACCCACACAACCCAACCCACGCCUCUAACCCACGCACCCCAACCCACGCACCCCAACCCACGCAGCCCCACCCACGCAACCCAACCCACGCCUCCCACCCACGCACCUCUACCCACACAACCCAACCCACGCAUCCCACCCACGCAACCUCACUCACGCAACCUCACCCACGCAACCUCACCCACGCACCCCAACCCACGCAACCUCACUCACGCACCCCAACCCACGCACCCCAACCCACGCACCCCAACCCACGCACCCCAACCCACGCCUCUAACCCACGCACCCCAACCCACGCACCCCCACCCACGCACCUCUAACCACGCCUGCCACCCACGCACCUCACCCACGCAACCUCACCCACGCACCCCAACCCACGCAACCUCAUCCACGCAACCUCACCCACGCAACCUCACCCACGCAACUCAACCCACGCAACUCAACCCACGCACCUCACCCACGCAUCCCACCCCACGCGCCUCACCCACGAAACCUCACCCACGCAACCUCACCCACGCAACCCUCCCACGCAACCCUACACACGCAACCUCACCCACGCAACCCAACACACGCCACCCAACCCACGCAUCCCAACCCACGCAUCCCAACCCACGCAUCCCAACCCACACAAGCUGCGAAAAUUUAUAUCUAAACGAAUCUCUAUCGAUUGCACAAGAAUAUCCACCAGGAGGAUACUGUAGGUCCAUAGCCGAUCCAGUGGCGUGCUGGCCUCCAACCCCAGGAAAUACCACAGCCGUAAUCAAGUGUUUCUCUGAACUGAAUUUCAUCAAAUACGAUGAUAGUCAAAAUGCUUCUAGAUUUUGCAUGUGGAACGGCACUUGGACCAAAUCGAAUUAUUCUGCUUGCAGAGAAAUAAUAACUAUGUCACCAGACGUCGAAACUAGCAUUUAUUUUGUUGGAUACACCUUUGGUCUUAUCAGUUUAUCUGUAGCUGUUGGGAUAUUCACAUAUUUCAAAGAGCUCCGAUGUUUGAGAAAUACGAUUCAUAUGAAUCUUAUGUGGUCUUAUAUGUUAACGUAUACUAUGUGGAUAAUUACAUUGAUUUCGCUCAAUACAAACUCUAAUUUAUCCGUUCCAUGUAUAUUCAUUAUAACGCUUCUACAUUAUUUUCAUAUAACUACGUUCUUCUGGAUGUUUGUUGAAGGUCUCUACUUAUAUAUUCUAGUUGUCGAAACCUUAACAAGAGAAAAUUUCAAAUUGAGAAUUUACCUUUUCAUUGGAUGGGUGUUUCCUUUAUGUUUCAUUGCCCUGUGGGCAACUAUCAAAAGCUUCGUUGCUUCAGAUGCCGAUCCAUCUAAUACGUGUGGAUGGUUCGAACCCCACCUCGUAGAUUGGAUUUUUCAAGCACCUCAAGUAGCCGUGCUAUUAUUGAAUCUGAUUUUCCUGGUAGCCAUCAUGUGGGUUCUUGUCACAAAACUUCGAUCAGCAAAUACCUUGGAAACACAGCAAUACCACAAAGCAGCCAAAGCUCUAUUAGUUCUGAUGCCCCUACUGGGUGUCACGUACAUCAUCACUAUAUGGGCACCAACACCGGAUGCAAAUUCCAAAAAUAUUUUCGAACGAGCCAGAGCCGUUCUGCUUUCGCUUCAGGGAUUUACGGUGGCUCUGCUGUAUUGUUUUUUAAACACAGAAGUUCAGAACGCAGUACGACAUCAUAUGGUUACUUGGAAAACCAGGAGAUCUCUGGGACCAAAUCGUUUGAGAUCUGGCAGUCGAAGUAAAGAUUGGUCGCCACGUUCACGCACUGAGAGUAUACGAUUGUAUAGUCAGCCAACCAGCAUUUACCAUAAAAGAGAGUCAACAGCCUCUGAAGUGACCACUACGACCUUAGUAACAGUUAAUGGAGGGAACGCAAGACCGUCAAUUAACGAAUCAUCUUUCAUAGCGACGCAGAGAACUUCCCUCCUGUACCCUCCAAGAUCAGGACUUGGAGGCAAUGUGUGA